ACACACUGUAAUGUGUAGUCACAUUAUGUGAUUUAAUUUUUGUAUAUUGUAUAAGUUUUAGGUGUAGUUUUGUUAAGGCAGGGCCUUAAUCUUGUGAUUUUUGUUGGAGAUCCAACAUGUGGUGUGAUCCCUAGUUACGCCACAGGAGGGCACUUCCGCCCUAGUGAGAUGGUUUAGUGUGACGCUACUGCUUGUCUUCAGAUCUGGCAGAAGCGAGAGAGGAAACACACUACCUGUCGUCCAUCUCAUGAUUUAUCUGUUCUUUUCAGAACCAGACAUAAUCUGUCAACCGCCCUCUUGCUUGGGGUGUGUUACAGAUUCUUGGGGGCUCGUCCGGGAUCGGCUCUCCACAUUGCCAUGAGCUAAUCCCACAACCUACAACACCUCGUGCUGGUAAAGCUGACAGCGUUAUGCCGGCUGCCCCAAAGUGAGCUGUCAGUGUGAGACAAGCUGAGACCAAGUGAGGAAGAGGGCUGGACCCAAAAGCAACCUACUACGAGAGACUGGGAAAGACGUCGUCAUGGCAGACCAGGAGAGGAAAAGCCUGGUAUGGGACAUCAGGAAAAGCCUACUGUCGCUGUCAUCCAACGAACUUUUCCAGAUUGCUUCUACAGUCGGCCCUGUUCCAGGCAAAGAUGCUGCAGAGCUUUCCAGUGCAGACGUCGAGGGAUGUUUCGAGUACAUCCACGCCUUUAUGUACAGUAAGAACUUGCUAGAUGCUGAGGAUAGGGGCAUGGGAGAACUACUAGCUCUAAAGGAUGUUGUCGAUGAGGUUGUUCAGUCCCAAAGUAGUGUAAUCCCACCUACUGGGUCAGCCCAACCAGCUAACACUGAUGUACUAUUUUCUGAUGUAACAAAUGUAACCAGUCCUGUAACCGCAAGCGCCAAGCUAAUCACUGAGACAACUAAUGAACUCAGCUGUGACGUUUCACCAGAGAAUGUCCAAAAGAUGCUGUUAGACUAUGAGGAGUUGAGCCGAAAGCUUGGUAGGCUGAUGCACAUUCCCACACCACAAGCCACAGCACAACCUACACUCUCAGUCCCCCCUCACUCUGAGGCACAGAUGGACGUUUCCAGACACAGAGGACCCGAACAAGUAGUGUCAUUGAAGGAUCUGUCCUACAUUCAUCGCCGUGAAUUCAAAGUUCAAGGAGGCCAAAUUGGAGAUCACUCAUCUGAUAUUAGCUUUAACAGUGUUUGCAGACAGAUAGAGGAGGGGAUAAAGGAUAAUUUCACUGAGUCUGAGAUCGUGAGAGGUGUGCUAAGAAUAAUAAAGCCAGGGGAUUUCAAGGACAUGCUGGUCAAUAAAGAAGACAUGACUGUGGCUGAGCUCAAGGGAUUCCUCCAGUCGCACUUAGGCGAGAGGAAUAGCACAGAACUAUUCCAAGAACUAAUGUGUGCCAAACAAAAUGAGCAUGAAACCCCUCAGCAGUUCCUGUACCGUGUUAUUGGACUGAAGCAAAGAAUAUUGUUUGGGUCAAAACAGCCAGGGACUGAUAUCAGGUAUAGCCCAGACACAGUACAAGAUGUCUUCCUACACACAGUGUAUCAGGGAAUAGGACACAAGUACAACGAUAUUCGCCGGGAGCUGAAACCUUUACUUUCAGACAACACAGUUACAGAUGAGACAAUCCUAAAGCAUGUCAUGAGGGUAACAAGUGAUGAGAGUGAACGACAAAGGCGUUUGGGGUCAACACAACGUUCAAAACAAGCUGCUGCACAUAGUCUACAGGUUGAGGGAGGACAGGUUAAGCAGGCAAAUACAAAGAAAGAGAUGACAGAGCAUAGAGCUAAAUCAGAUGAAGUACAGAAGCUCGCAGAGAAAAUAGAUGUGCUCACCAAAUUAGUAGACACGCUAGCAGAGAAAGUGGAGAGAAGCCAGUCAUACAGCUGUCUACCCCCCAAGCCACAAGCAACCAGAAGAGGAAGCCGUUAUGGUUGUCCAAAGUGUGUGCAGGAGGGGUUACAAGAUUGUAAACACUGCUUCUUUUGUGGCGAACAGGGACACAGAGCUGUGGGUUGCCUAAAAAACCCUAAGCAGCAGGGAAACGUGAACCGGUUGCUGUGGGGGGACAAACAGUAACCGGAGUUCUUCCCAAGUCCCAAUUCACAGACA